CUUUUAUCUAAAUCGGCUCGAUGUUAAUUACAUAAGGUUUAUUCACGCACAUGCACUGGUCAGAUAAGACAUAUUUGAUCAAAAGCCGAUCCUUGUGUUUAAACGUAGUGUAAGUAAUUGCCAAGUUGGCAAAACGUCGCAGUGCCGAACGAGUUAAAGGUGUUCAGAACAGGUCAUUGUGAAUAGUACAAGGAUGAAACGUUUAUCCAUUUGCAUUGUUCUUUUUAGUUUUAUAGCAGGUUUGGAAUAUACCCACCACUCUGCCGGUAGCCCGGCGUGGAUUUACCACUGUUGGGAUUACGCCGAGAACCAAAAUCAUAUCAGGGAUCCGUUCUGUCCUCUACAAACCUGUUGGGCCCCACCAAGGAUUGCAAAUGGCGACCUUGCUCCUCCGUAUGGUUAUAACACAAGCCUUGCCAACUCGAGCGUCAUCUACGUUUGUAACAAGGGGUAUGCGAUGUUUGGAGAUGCAAAGGUGAUAUGCGCGCUGGUUCCUGACAGUUAUCCGCCUGUGUAUGGAUGGACUAAGACACCAGAAUGCCGUAAUAUUGUCCACUGCGGCGACGCUCCCGAAGUAGCGUACGGGCGUCACAAAGACGAAUAUAGCCGGGAGAUCGGUUCAAUUGUAGCAUAUAUUUGCGACAACGUGCAUGUCCUUGACGGCAACGAAACGAUCGAAUGUGUUGCCAACGAGGACAGAACUUCGGCUUCCUGGACAACCCCUCCUCAAUGUGUCGUCGUAUGUAAUCAACCUCCUUCAAUCACAAAUGGAACCAUGGUUGCCUUGUCAGGGACAAGAGAGGGUGACAUUGCAUCGUAUGAAUGUGACGCAAGUUUCAUACUGUUUGGUUCGCAGAAUAUCACUUGCUUAAACACUUCGAAGUGGAGCGACGCGCCUCAUUGCACUAAUGAAUGCGGCGACGCUCCCGAAAUAGCAAACGGGCAUCACAAAGAGAGCUAUAGCCGGGAGAUCAAUUCAACUUUAGCCUAUAUUUGCGACCCUGGGCACAUCCUCGAUGGCAAUGAAAUUAUCACGUGUAAUGUUGACGUGAACAAAAACUCGGCUUCUUGGACGACCCCUCCUCAGUGUGUCGUUGACUGUAGUCAACCGCCAUCAAUCACAAAUGGUACCGUGAAUGCCUUGUCAGGGACAUUUGAGGGUGACAUUGCAUCUUAUGUAUGUGACGCAGGUUUCAAACUGUUUGGUUCGGAAAAUAUCACUUGCUUAAACACUUCAAAAUGGAGCGAAGCGCCUAAUUGCACUAGUGUCUGUAACAAUCCACCCAGUAUCGCCGACGGCACAAUUUCCUCAUUGACCGGACUGUUCGUUGGUGACUCUGCUACAUAUGCCUGCAAUAACAACUACAAAAUGAUUGGACUGGAAAACUCGACCUGUCUACCAUCACUAGAGUGGAGUAUAAGUCCUUCUUGUGUAAAAGACUGUGGGGUUAUCCGCGAGAUUGAUAACGGCAAGCAUCAACUCGUUAACUUUUGCAACGACAGUUCUUGCAACGUGACGGAUGUUAUGACUGUUAAAUACGUCUGCAACGAAAAGUUUGAGAUGCGUGGAAAUCCCAUCGUCACCUGUGAUAAUGUUGGAAGCCAUUUCGCCUGGAGUGUCUUGCCAUAUUGCAUAUGCAUAAGAAAACCUAUCGAUCUCGUGUUUGUUAUCGAUUCAUCCGGCAGUGUUGGAAUUGAGGGGUUCAAUGACACCAAGGACUUUUUGAUCAAUCUGAUUCGGGUGUUUCAUGAGGACAGGACUCGUUUUGGCCUCAUGUUCUUUGCUGACACUGCAAACAUCGUAUUCAACCUCAAGGAUUAUGUCGGUGACACCGACGCUAUGAUUGCCGCUAUAUUAAGUGUAAUAUACGAGGGUGGUGGCACAAAGACCUACGAUGGUCUUCAAAUGGCUCGGGAAACCAUGUUCACUUCCGCUAACGGCAUGCGAGACAACUCCUCACACAUUCUCAUCCUUCUAUCUGAUGGUCAGAGCGAUGAUGUUAACAGGACAAUCGCGCAAGCCGAUCUACUGAAGAACAGUGGUGUUACAAUUUACACUGUCGGAGUGGGCGACUUUGCAAAUAUUCUGGAGUUGGGACCAGUGGCAUCACCAAGGGCAGGAACGUUUAAUGAAACAUACUACUUCACGGUGGACAACUACGCCAACAUUGACCAGGUCUCAGGGCCUCUAGCAGAUGCAACCUGUGCUGUUUGAGCAGGAGACCACUUGGAAGACUACGAAUUUGACAACGACAAUGAAUUAAACAUUCUAGAAUCUAGUUUUAAAUAUUGAUUCUAUUGAUAUGGGAUGUAAAUAAAUUGUCCUUAUAGUGA